AUGGCAGUAAUGGGCCGGAGAAAAAGUGAUACAGCUCGUUGUCAGUGCUCCUGCUGCAGACUGUGGUCGCUGGUGGCCAAUGGCCGAGAAAUGGGCACGGGUCAGAGUUCAUCCGACCUGACCUCACAACGGAAUGGCAACUCAACCGUGCGCGCAUGUCAUGCGCCUAACGUUGGCCGUCUCAAACCGUCGUCUCGUAGACCCGGCCCUAGAAGCCCACCAAGCCCACACCAGAGCAAAAACACACAAGCCCGCAUGUCCGCAUGCCUGCGACCAAUCGGCGUCCGAGUCCGUCGGGCUGGGCGGGUUCGGAUGAGUCGUCUGGCCGGUGACAACGAUGAAGCCAAUACGAGCCGGAGACGGUGUCAAUUGGACCGUUGA